AUGGGACAGGCACAAUCGUCCCAAAUUGAUGAGCAAAGUGCAGCCGAGCUGAGGCUGCGCAGUGAUGACAUUACCGAAUCAGAAGCUGCUUUGAAGAAUCUUGAUUUUGCCCAGAAACGAGCUUUGGAGUUGGUAAGGCACCAAGACCUAUUUACAUUCGAGUUUGCUGCUGCAACAUCUAUGGCUUGUAUCUUGUUAGCAGCAGGAUCUAUAACGAAGAGGAAGGAUUUUGCCAUCCCUAUCGCACCGCUAGUUAUGUGGGCCGGUUAUAGGUAUGAAAACGCUUUUGGAGAAAAUCAUGAAGUAGUCAAAGACAAGGCUGAAGCUUUGCUGAAAAAAGGCGACCCCAGAUUGAAUUUGGUCGGAGGACCUAUUACACUGAAAGAAAUUGAUGCCUAUCGAGAGCGACAUUUCCGGUGAUGCUGUUGUAUAAACGAGGCUUGAUAGUUGUUAUUCCAUUCUAUGUAUA